UGAAGAAUUAUUAUUCGUUCGAGUGUGUUGAGGAUUCCUAAAUAGUAUUAAAGCAAAAUAAAUGUAUAUCUUUAUAUAUAUAAUUCUUCUGUGCGUGUGUAUCUCACUGAACUCCUCUUAAACGGCUGGACCGAUUUUAAUGAAAUUUUCUGUGUGUCUACAGAUGGAUUCGAGAAUGGUUUAGAUUUACAAUUCGAUCCAAUUUAAAUUGCUUAUUUAAUUAAUUUUUAAUUUACAAAUUGUUGAUUUUGAAAUGUUUUACAUUGGAUCCGGCAGACUGCGCUACGAUCGCAGUAUUAUUUCAUUAUUAUAUAAUUCUAGUUUGUCCCGACAGUUAGUGCUGCGACUAAAUUCAGGAAAAUAGUUUGUAAUUGCGUGUUGUUGUUAUUGUCUUACAAAAAAUCGUCUGCUAAUUGAAAUAUUACCUUAAGAUCUAACUUGUGUUUGAAGAGUUUGGAAGUAUGCAUAAAAAAACUAUACAUAUUGCAAAUUUAGUGCGGAAUUGAAAAAAAUGCCACGUCUUCUUAAAGGUGCAAAAAAUAUUGGUCGACAUACUCGAGGGACGAAAUUGGUCCGUGAUCGUCGAUUGAAAAGAAAAAUAAAAGAACACUUGGCGGAUAAUGUAAAAACAAGAGAAAGAGUUGCAUUUGCACGUGCAAAUGAAACUUUGGAGCAACGCAAUCAACGUCUUCGUGCUAAUGCAUUAAGACAACGAGAGGCACGUCAACGAGCGACAAACGAACGCAGAGAACGUAAUCGACGGCGAAUGCAAGUUUAUCGAGCAUUAAAACGAGUAUCACUUAAUCGUCUCGAGUUUGAAUAUGAUCCUGAAAUAGACUGUAGUAAAGAAAUGUUCCAAAAUGAAAACAAUUCUAAAGCUAAUGGAGAAAAACCGACAGACACAACAGAAUUGAAAGCUCCAAAAUUAGAACAGUUUCAUUCAGAAUAUAUUAUACCUGAUAUUCGUGACGAUUUUUCAGAAUCUCCAUCUGUUUCGUUGUCUAAAGCUGAUGGAAAAAAACCGACAGACACAAUAGAAUCUAUAGUUCCAAAAUUAGAAGAGUUUCAUUCAGAAUAUAUUGUUCCUGAUAUACGUAACGAUUUUUCAGAAUCUCCAUCUAUUUCUAUGCCUAAAGAUUCAUUACAAACGAGACUUGCAUUGCUUUAUACUGAAUUAGAAGAACUGCGCCAACGAAGGCAGCAGCAAGAAAUUGAAAUUGUAAAUAUAGAUAAUAAGAGACAAAGAUUUCAAGAAAUAUUGGAUAAUUUGUUAACUCAGGAGAUGCAGAAAGUGCAAGAGAUGCCACCAAAAAAAUCUAACCUCAAUAAUGCUCAUACCAAACAGGCACGACGCGUUCGUCUUGAAAGAGCUCGUCUGUCAGAAGAACAAAUCACAGAAAGGAAUGCGCUUCAAAGACUCAGGACAGCAGAACGUCGUGCACAAGAAUCCCAAAAACAGCGUGAUGAUCGUCUGCGACAAAGUAGAGAAAGGUCAAAAGCGGUACGUAAACGAAACAUUGAUAAAGCACGAGAAGAAGAACGAGAGAGACAGCGGUCCAGACGCUCAUUACAACGUGCAGUAUUUGUUCGUUUUGCUUUCGAAUAUGCACCAGUUAUGGAUUACACUGAGCAUAUAAAACUUGCUAUUGGUACAAUGUAUAAGCCUCUGCAACGUGUGGCCGGGUCUGGUAGCAGUAAAGAAAUGUUACAAAAUGAAAACAAUUCUAAAGCUGAUGAAGAAAAACCGACAGACACAACUGAAUUGAUAGUUCCAAAAUUAGAACCUAGUGACGAAAUGUUUCAAAAUGAAAACAAUUCUGAAGCUGAUAAAGAAAAACCGACAGACACAACAGAAUUGAUAGUUCCAAAAUUAGAACCUAGUAACGAAAUGAUUCAAUAUGAAAACAAUUCUAAAGCUGAUGAAGAAAAACCGACAGACACAACAGAAUUGAUAGUUCCUAAAUUAGAACCUAGUAACGAAAUGUUUCAAAAUGAAAACAAUUCUGAAGCUGAUGAAGAAAAACCGACAGACACAACAGAAUCUAUAGUUCCAAAAUUAGAAGAGUUUCAUUCAGAAUAUAUUGUUCCUGAUAUACGUGACGAUUUUUCAGAAUCUCCAUCUGUUUCGGUGUCUAAAGAUUCAUUAUUACAAACGAGACUUGCAACGCUUCAUGGUGAAUUGGCAGAACUGCGCCAACGAAGGCAACAGCAAGAAAUUGAAAUUGUAAAUAUAGUUAAUAAGAGACAAAGAUUUCAAGAAGUAUUGGAUAAUUUGUCAAAUCAAGAGAUGCAGAAAGUGCAAGAGAUUAAAGACUUGGAAAUGGAAUUCGAAUGAAGAAUUAUUAUUCGUUUCUAGUGUUGAGGAUUCCUAAAUGGUAUUAAAACAAAACAAAUGUAUAUAAUAUUUAAAUAAUAUAGUUUUAUAUUGUUUAAAUAUAUAUAAAUUACGUGUCACGUUGUUUGUUUGCAAUGGACUUCUAAAUUACUGAAAUGAUUUUAUUAAAAUUUUGCACUCUGUGUACAGUUUCAUCCAACUUGAAAGAUAAGAUUUUAAAUCUCAAUUUAUAAACGCAAUUAUUUGUUUAUUAACAAAGAGUCAUGAUUAUCUCUUUCAGUACGAUAAGAUUUUAAUAGAUGGCGGUAUAAGGUAAUUCGUUAACGGGAUCGAGUAAGUAUCCAAUAGAUGGCGCCAUGGGAAAAGUACUGUAACUAUCGGGUAUCUUAAUAACUACAAAUAAUAUAGAAGAGUUAAAUUUUACAAAUAUAUAUUUAUUAUAAAAAAUAUAUUAUGCGUCUUUUCACGGAACUAAAUUAUGUGUUUUGUACAACGUAGUGUCAUGCAGACAUGUGAAGUAGAACUUUUUUACAGUCAUACCAAUCGUAUUUUUCUUAAGUUGGCUGAACUUGCUAUGGAACUGACGCGCCACCAUUCGACGUCACUUUAGGUGUUGCAAGCUGUCACAGUACAAACGUUUUGUGUAACUUACAAUUUAUUAGUAUAACCACGUAUAUUUGGUGCUAUCAUAAUUAGCCACGUGUUGCUCUGGCUAAAUAAGUAAAAUUGACAUUAUUGUAAACUCAA